AUGCAUGCUGCUAUUCCUUACGAAAAACUAUUUUCUGAUUACAGACGAAAUGAACGACAAGAGAUGAUGAUAGCUGCUCCGUUAGAUUUAUCAUAUAAGAAAGCGACUACAAUGAAUGAAUUGGCAAGUAAACGUCCACAAGCAGUACGAACGAGUAAAAUUCCGUUACGGACGUCUGCAGAUCGUUUUGUAACAUGUUCUUUAUGGUUAAGCAAUAAUUUAUUAUCUUCAAUGGAUGGAUUCGAACAGCUUGCGCACAAAGUUCUCGAUGAUCCUGUGUAUCUUAGUUGGCUUGAUCUUUCUUUUAACGAAAUAGAAAAAAUUGGAGAUGACAUUACAAACUUUUUGAACUUAAAGAUUUUUUAUUUGCAUGGAAAUAAUAUCUCAGAUAUCAAUGAUGUUGUGAAAUUGAAAAGGUUAAGAAGUCUGAAAUCAUUAACGCUACAUGGAAAUCCGAUUGAAAAUCUUCCAUUUUAUAGAGGAUAUAUCGUUCAUAUACUUCCAAAAUUGUCAGCGUUAGACUUUUCAGCAGUAUUAUCUGCUGAAAGGAAGAAGGCACCACCUGCUGGGUUUUACAAAAUAAUACGCAACAGUACAUGA